AUGGACAGCCGUCCGAUUAGAUAUUCACGUGGGAUUAGCACGAUAGUGACGUCAUAUACAGCACUGGCAGAAGAAUUGGCGAGGAGAUUUCUGCUGGAAAGAGAGAAGAAGGAGCUUCUGCAGCAGCUCAGAGGGGUGGAGAAAGAGCGGGAUGCAGCUUUGGAGGAGAACGAGCAGCUGAGAGCCGAGCUACGGAGAGCUUCGGAGCUGAAUAGCGAGACGGAGAGGCUGAUAAGGGAGCUGGGGACACUCAAGAGGUGCGCUAGUGAGGCAGAGGCUAGGAAGCAUCUUGCGGUGGGGCAUCACCAGAUCGCAAAGGAGCAUUAUAAGUGGCUCAUGCAACAGCACCAGCAGGAGGUGGCCGACUUGAAGAGACAGUUGAAUAAGGCUAGGGACUGGUUGAAGCUAGGGGUGUAG